GGGAAAUAUCUCAUGAGACGAGAAGUUGAGAGACGUGAUGUGUUGGAGUGUGGGGGCAGUGGGGGCUUUGAUUUGAUAUAAAAAAGGGGGCCAAUGACACUAAUUUUCAUUCCCAACCCUUAACUUUUGGGCUUUGGUUGUUCAAGAGAUUGCUGACUGCUCUAACGCUAAAAACACAUUCCUUUUGGGUUCUUUUCUCACACCAUAAAGAAGAGAGAAAAAAAAAAAAAACUAUUUGAAGCAAAAUUAUAGUGGUUUCAAGCCUUUCCUGUUAUGGAAAAUCAACAACUCUACCUUCACCACCACCUCCAACACCAGCAACAACAACAGCAGCAGCAGCUACAACGUCAAGCUAAUUCCAUGAAGUCAAGAUUCAGACGUGUCUGUGUCUUUUGUGGUAGCAGCCCUGGCAAGAAUCCUAGCUACCAGCUUGCUGCUAUUCAGCUUGGCAAACAACUGGUUGAAAGGAACAUUGACUUGGUUUAUGGAGGAGGAAGCAUUGGUUUAAUGGGACUGGUCUCUCAAGCUGUCUUUGAUGGAGGUCGCCACGUGUUGGGGGUAAUUCCCAAGACUCUCAUGCCAAGAGAGAUUACAGGCGAGACAGUGGGAGAAGUAAGAGCUGUGUCAGGCAUGCACCAACGUAAAGCUGAAAUGGCUCGCCAAGCUGAUGCCUUUAUUGCCUUACCAGGUGGCUAUGGAACCUUGGAAGAACUCCUGGAAGUGAUCACUUGGGCUCAGCUAGGAAUCCAUGACAAACCAGUGGGAUUGUUAAAUGUUGAUGGGUUCUACAACUCACUCUUAUCAUUCAUAGACAAGGCUGUUGAUGAAGGUUUCAUAGCACCAGCUGCCCGUGACAUAAUUGUCUCUGCCCAAACUGCCCAAGAACUCAUGUGCAAGCUCGAGGAGUAUGAACCUAAACAUUCUGGGGUAGCCUCCAAGCUAAGCUGGGAAAUGGAGCAACAAUUGGGUUUCACAGCAAAAUCAGACAUUGCUCGUUGACCCUUCAUCACAUUCAUUCACACAUGAUCGACAAUUUUAUGACCGUAGAUUCUUACCCCAAUAUACAACAACAACAACAACAACAACCUUGUAGAUGCAAGCUCCGAAAGACAAAUGCCGUUUGCCACCACAGUUUCUUUUAUUCAUCUGUGGAUCAUGCUGUGAAUUCUUUUUUGUUUGUUGUUAUUACUUACUAGUUUUCCUUUUUUUCCUUUGGUUAAUUCAAUUAGAAUCUGACCAGGACAAACAAUGUCAGUGACUUUAUUAGCUUCCUAAGUCGGUGAUUGCUAAUUCUGUAUAUUUUAUUGUUGUUUUCCUUUCUUGAAAUGAUGGGUUGUUACAAAUUGCUUUCAACAAAAGAGGUUGAUAGGGAUGGACCAGGAAACAGGGAAAGAACCAGCUGAAGAAAAAACAGGAAAUAUCCAGCAAACAAUGUUUCCUCAACCUUCAGUACUUUCUAUUAGGCUAUUAAUUUAAGCUUUGAAUUAUGAUUAUAAAAACCAUUAAAUUCAGUUUGAAAUUAAGCUUUGAAUUUUAAGGCUAC